CAACCACGCACAAAGCUGAGUAAUCACUCUCCUGCAGAGCACUCGAGCUUAGCGUUCGAAGCCGUGGUGAUUACUACCUCGUGGUUUAAUGGAGAAGCAGGAGAAGGGCGGCGAGGCGCAGGCGCCGGCGCCGGCGCCGGAGCUGAAGCUGUUCGGGUCGUGGGCGAGCUCUUACACGCACCGCGUCCAGCUGGCGCUGCGGCUCAAGGGGCUGGACUUCGAGUACGCCGAGGAGGACCUCGGCAAGAAGAGCGAGGAGCUGCUGCGCCACAACCCGGUGCACAAGAAGGUCCCCGUGCUCGUCCACCGCGGCCGCGCGCUCGCCGAGUCCAUCAUCAUCCUCCAGUACCUCGACGACGCCUGGCCGGACAGCCGCCCCCUCCUCCCGGCCGACCCGUUCGACCGCGCCCUCGCUCGCUUCUGGUGCCACUUCGCCGAAGACAAGCUUGGGCCGGCGGUGGGGGCGGUGUUCGCUUCGACGGGGAAAGAGCAGGAGGCGGCGGGGCAGCAGGUCCAUGACAGCCUGGCGCUGCUGGAGGCGGAGCUCCGGGAGGGGGCGUUCAAGGGGCGGAGGUUCUUCGGCGGCGACCAGAUCGGCUUCCUCGACGUCGUGCUCGGGUGCGGCUCCUACUGGCUGGCCGUGUUCGAGGAGGUCACCGGCGUGCGCCUCGUGGACGCCGGCGCGUUCCCGCUCUUCCACGCGUGGCUCCGGGAGUUCGAGGCACAAGAAGAGGUCCAGGAGACCAUCCCCUCCGUCGACCGCCUGCUCGAGUACGCGCGCGGCCUCCGCCAGAUGAUGCUCGCCCUAGCCGCCGGCGCCGGCCCCGGCGCACCAGCCGACAGCUCCCCCGUCACCGCCGUCGACGCGCCGGCGGCAGCUCCACCGGCGGCCCUGGCGCCGGCCGCGGCCGUGGACAUAUAAACCGCAGGGCGUUCUCUGCGUGGCCCGACGUCGUCGUAGCUUUGUAGCAUAGUUUCUGUGUGGUCGUCGUGGAGUGCAUGUGAUGACUAGUGAUGCGGCCUAAAAUGCCGCUGCUACCGCUGUAGCUAGUGGCGCAGUCUGGAUGGUGUCGAGUUUAAUCUCUUUCUCCUGUGUGUUCCUCUGUCUGUUGUUCGUCGUGCUUGUGCAAGGAAUCUAGCUUGUGUCA